UAGGGGUUUAAUUGUGAGACAACAGUGCAGUCAUGUGUUGUGCGUUUCAAUUGUUGAGCAGAGCCUGUUGAAGGUAUAGACACGCUCAUGGACUCAUACAUCUCCUGUUGCUGGCUAGUGCUCUACCUUUUCUUUGGCGGUGGUUCUACAGUAACCAUCCAAGGCUAUGUCGGUGACGUUGUGACCCUAACAUGUAAGUAUGACGCCCGGCAUUAUGGUACACUCUCUGUCUGCUGGGGUCGUGGUCACAUCCCCAACAGCGGCUGUGGCAAUGAGGUCCUCAGGACGGAGGGAGUCAAAGUGACCCACAGGGCUUCGGUCCGGUACAAUCUCCAGGGUGAUCUGAGGGCAGGGGAUGUCUCUCUGACCAUCACCCAAGCACAGGUGAAGGAUUCUGGGUUAUAUGGCUGCCGUGUGGAUAUACCUGGAUGGUUCAAUGACCAGAAACACCAUCUGGCACUCGUCAUCAAGCCCGCUCCUGAAACAACACCUGAACCGCGGAUCCCUAGAGAGAGCACAACAGUUGGCUACCCUAAAGCUCCUGAAACAACACCUGAACCGUGGAUCCCUAGAGAGAGCACAACAGUUGGCUACCCUAAAGAGCAAACCACAACAAUGCAGACAACAAUGGGUUUGUCAGUACCUCCAGACCCUCCCAGAGUGGCAAUCCGAGAAAUAUCAGCUAGGUCCAUCUCUGUAUGGUGGAGCGCUGGCAUCGAUGGAAACACCCCCAUCACAGGUUUCCACCUGGAAUGCAAGAGCCAAUCAGACUCCUGGGUAGAUGGAGUACGAGGCAGCAAUAUUCUGUCUUGGAAGAGAGAGACCGCUGUCAACGAUCUGCGACCCUUUUAUACCUACAACAUCCGCAUGUUCACCAAGAACGACAUGGGCUUGAGUAAACCCAGCAACGAGCUCACCAUCACCACUAAGGAAGCAGCCCCUGAUGGUCCCCCACAGGAUGUAAAGCUUGAAGCCCUUUCCUCCCACAGCAUCAGAGUCACAUGGAGGGUACCUUACUCUUUUUACCAAUUUUUUUGUAUUUGUAUUUGUAUUUUUUGUGAUUCAAUUGUCUUGUCCCUCUUCCCCGUGCAGGCCCCUGAGUUGUCCCUCCAGAACGGGCUGAUCCGGGGCUACCAGCUCCGCUACGGUGAGUACAGUCCCCAAGAACGGCUUCCUGUCAGGGUGGUGCAUCUGAUGGACGGAUCAGAGAGCUUCACCAUGAACAGCCUGCAGGAGGCGACAAAGUACAGUGUGACGCUGCACACCAUCAACAGAGCAGGCCUGGGGCCGUCUUCACAGGAGCUUGUCUGCUCCACUCUGACUAAUGAUGAUCAGCAGCAUAUGACAACAACUCAAGCAACAACAGCACUUCAGACAGAACAUUCAACCUCAACCAUUGCGACAACAACAUCUUCAACUGAGACAUGGCUGCUUGUCACUGACAGUCCCACUCAAGGACAGAGGGUAGACGACUUCUCAACUACUAGAGCACUAAGUAACUCUACGACUGACCCAGCAUUGAGUAAAAAAAGCGGUCAUCUUGUUGCCAUCCUAGUGCCAGUGCUGGUGCUGGGGCUGCUUGUUGUCAUGGCGAUCAUAUGGCAAUUUAGGCGUACCACAUUGAAAAAAGGCAACUGGAAAAUAUUAUGGAAGAACAACGACUUUCUGUCCUUCGGGGACUCCGAGCCAGCACUGUAGAGACCUCUGGGAUGUUAGAAUUCCAAUCAAGAUCAUGCAGUGGUCACUGUGGGGUUAACAUAAAGAGUAAGAUGAUAUAUAUGAUUUCAACUAUGCCAUAGUGAUAGGAAGUGUUACUAAUUGACCGGGGCCUCCCACUGAACUGAUAUUGAAAGAGUACUUAUCUUACAAUGAGAUCAACUGCAAUGUACACGAUGUGACGUUUGUGUGCACAUGUUAAUAAAUGCUUGCUUAUAGCU